AUGAAAGCCAUAACGGCGAUGUGCGCGACUGGAGCCUCGGUGCCGGCUAUCGCCGGGGGGCGGGUGCAGCGGCACCGGGAUGGCGAGAACGCCGAGAUACAAAUGUACCUAUCCAAGUUACAAGACUUGGUGCCAUUCAUGCCGAAGAACAGACGGAUCUCAAAGCUGGAGGUGAUCCAGCACGUGAUCGACUACAUCUGCGAUCUACAGUCAGCAUUGGAGAACCAUCCGGCAGUGGAACAGUUUGAAGCGGAGGCUGCACUGGCGCCAUGUUCGCCGCCUUCACCGAAACCGCGACGUCGUCCUCUCGGAGUUCGCACAACGCCAAACACCAUCCUGCGCACUCGACCCACACAACACCAUUCCACACACACGACUCCUGAAAAACAAGAUCAACCUGACAGGCCAAUGUCGUGUUAA